AUGGCAAAAAAGAAAGCAUUUCUUCCUCUUCUAUAUCUUACAUCUAGAGUAUUUUUGCCCUGGUGGAUCUCUCUCUCAUUUAAUAAAUGUCUUGAAUUUUGGAUUACUAAUUGGUGGAAUACUAGGCAAUCCGAAACUUUUUUGACUGAUAUUCAAGAAAAGAGUAUUCUAGAAAAAUUCAUAGAAUUGGAAGAACUCUUACUCUUGGACGAAAUGAUAAAAGAAUACCCGGAAACACAUCUACAAACACUUCGUAUAGGAAUUCACAAAGAAACGAUCCAAUUGAUCAAGAUGCACAAUGAGGAUCAUAUCCAUAUGAUUUUGCACUUAUCGACAAAUAUAACCUCUUUCAUUAUUUUAAGUGGUUAUUCUAUUCUGGGUAAUGAAGAACUUGCUAUUCUUAACUCUUGGGUUCAAGAAUUCCUAUAUAACUUAAGUGACACAAUAAAAGCUUUUUCUAUUCUUUUAUUAACUGAUUUAUGUAUCGGAUUCCAUUCGCCCCAUGGUUGGGAACUAAUGAUUGGCUAUGUCUACAAAGAUUUUGGAUUUGCUCACAACGAUCAAAUUAUAUCUGGUCUUGUUUCUACUUUUCCAGUCAUUCUGGAUACAAUUUUUAAAUAUUGGAUCUUCCGGUAUUUAAAUCGUGUAUCUCCAUCACUUGUAGUGAUUUAUCAUUCAAUGAAUGACUGAUCCAACUAUAAUAUUUGUUACUUUGUAACAUAAGGUACAUAAGCAAAGCAUUUCAAUUUUAAGACGUACUUACUCUUUCUACCCUACAGGGAUUUCUCCUACUCCUAUAUUCCAGUAAAAUGAUUUCAGUACAGUAAAUAGCAGAAUUGUGGAUAGGGAACUAUACAAGCGACCUACCUAAUUUUAU